CAUCAGAGGUGUCGUCCUCUUUGUGGGCUGAGCUGCGACGCCUGCGAACGUUUUGGACUUAAAUGUGUCAAAUUAAAUGGUUCACUUAGGUCAACUCCUCCUGUAAGCAACCACCAUCUUACUGUCACGUCCACUACCGCCACCUUCACCACGUAUCUGCCCCUGUAAUUAGAAGCUGAAGGCUAAAAGGGAGGAAGCCGAGGAACAACUUCGCGAAGCCAUGCGGAGCCGGGGUCGUCGAAGCAACGCGUACAAAGAAAUACUCACUGCCGUCGAAGAACUGGCAAAUAUGCAUAACGAGAUAUAUAGAAUCAGUGAGGUCGACGGCGCUGUCGGCACCAUGUCAGAGUCACAACCUGGGCCUGGAGCGACAUAUUUUCUACGGAACAUGGUCGCUGGCGCGAACGGGCUCCCUCCCGGAAAUGAGAAAAUGGCCCAGGCGCCUCGCUUAAAGUUCUUCCUAGACACCUGCGGGCCUGCUACACCUGGGCCGUUUUUGCACUUCCCUACUACCUCCACGUACCACCUACCCGACUCAGACCCAGCCAGCCUAGCCCACCGAUAUGACCACCUCCCCCUCCCGCCUCAAUACGAUGGCUUCAAAGGAAGAAAUGAAGCGAGAACGUCUCGGAAGGAUUAUCCAUAUCACUUCGACACCACCAGGGCGUCAUGUCUUCCGGCGCUCCACGCUCCUUCCCCACUAUCUCAGCGCCCUCCAUCAUCCCUGGAACCCCGUACGCAGGACAACGGAGUUAAGACGUAUGGACCGUCCGGCUAAGAUGAUGGACACGAAAUGGGAU